CACCCACAACACCCACCCGAUGGAUCAAGCAGCAGACAAGAAACCAACAGUGACAGACGCUGCGUCCCAAGAGCCAUCAUCGGGCAAGGCACCCCGCUCUUGGGUCCCGCGCGCGUGCGACCGAUGCCGGAAACGCAAAGCACGAUGUGACCAACAAGUGCCAUGCCGGAACUGCGCCGAGGCAGGUGUGACGUGCACGCACGAUGCGCCAGUGUUGAAGCGCGGCCCGAGGCCAAAACCACGCAACCGUGACGUCGAGAGCAGGUUACGGAACCUCGAGUCGCUGCUCGCGUCCAUCUCGAACGGGGGGAGCGGCGGCUCGGGCGCGGCGCUGUCCCUCUCGCGCCGUGAGCUGGACCAGAUCCGCGUCGCCGCCAACAUCACCCGCGGGAGCGAUACCUCGCCGUCGUCGGACGCCGACAGCCACGCCGGCCCGAGCAGGGCUCACCCGCCACCACCCAAGGGGCCGGGCGACUCGCCCCUCCAGUCGCUUGACGCACUCGCGAGCCAGGCGGCCGGAUCGCCCGUCGUCUCGACGGGCGGCGGCCCCGGACCGGUCACGUCGGGCGACUAUGUCCCCUCCAUUGUGUUCGACCCGUUCGGCGUUCCCACCUCGUCGCAGGCGUUGCCGAGCAUGUCAGGGUAUGGGAUGUACGAGGCGCAGCCGUACGCGCAGCCCCCGAAGAACACCUCGGCGCCGGCGGAUCUCCUGUAUCGCGACAACGAGGGUCAGACAAAGUGGCUCGGCCCGUCGAGUGGCAUGCCCUUGCUCGAGCGGCUCAAGAUCAACGGCUCCGGGGCUGGGUGGAACCAGCCCAUGGGUACCAAUGGCGAGGGCCCCUCGGCAGACGAGUGGACGUCGCUAUCAAACGCCAUCGGCAUCAAUGUGGAGAACAACGAAGGGAUCGACCAGAUCGCCGGCCGGGGUGGACCGGCAUCGGCCCUGUCCCCGUCAAGUACGCGCGACGAGUUCCUCUGGGGCCGUAUCACGACGAUCGUUCCCCCUGAUCUCAUCGACGCGUUGGUUCGGUGCUACUUUACCAUCUCGCACUUGCUAUGGCCGAUCAUUCACGCGCCGACGUUCAUGAACUCGUACCUCGACCCCGAGCACCGCAAGAACCCGUCGUUCAUUGCACUGGUGCUGUCCAUCUGCUCGCUGUCGUCGCGGUACACACCGGACGCGCGUCUGAGGCAGACGACGUCGACGGGACAGAUCCUCGCGUUUGACAUCAUCAACUUGGCGAAGGACGUGACCCAGCAGGCAGCUGCCGAGCGGUCCGAUCUGGCCAUCGUGCAGGCCUUGUUCAACCUCUCGGUCGUGCAGGAGGGCAUCGCGAGGACUAACCAGGUAUGGUCGCUCCUCAGCCAGGCGGUCAGCAUUGCCAUGGACAUGGGCCUCCACCGCCGCAAGGACGAGUACGGGUUUACUGCGGUCGAGUUGGAAGAGCAGAAGCGGACGCUCUGGGCAUUGUACUGCCAGGCCGUCGCAGCGAGCUGCACGUACGGCCGCCCAUCGCUCCUGCGCCUGGAUGACAUUCAGCUCGACGAGCCAGCUGCUGUCGACGACGUCUACAUCUCGGUGGAGAAGGGCAUCGGAACGCAGCCUCCAGACCGCCCGUCUGUCAUGGCCGGUUUCGUCGCUGGUGUGCGUCUGCACAUGAUCCUCGAGCGUACGGUCCGCCGCGUCAACCGUGUCAUCCGCGACGUUGACGAGUCAAACUUGACGUUUGUCGACCUCGUCCAGUCGGGCCAGUCGCGCAAGUUCCGCGUCACCGACGAACUCGAGCUGUUGUCGCACGUCACCGACGGCCUGGUCGGCGACUGGUCAUUCUCGCCUUCGACCGUUUCCGAUUCCGACAGCGUGCGCUUCUUCCAGCGCACUCGUGUCUUCACACUCCAGCAGUUCAUCAGACUGUUGUCGGCCCGUCACGCAUUCACAGAGUUCCUUGGUGGUGCCGCGGCGUCCGGUGGCGCGGCUGAGGAGCAGGCAUUGUUGCAGCAGACCACGCAGUCCGCACUCGGCAUCAUCGGCACCUACUCGAUUAUCGAUGGCCAGGGCCGCCUCGACUUCUUCGGCGCUCAUGCCAUCUCACAGUUGACACAGGCGGGUGCAGGCCUGAUUGGUGUCAUCCUGCAUGUGCGCUCGACGUCUAUCCAGGGCGGCGAGAAUGUGCUCUCGGUCGCGCUGCAGGGCCUCUGUGCCAGCAUCCUCGUUCUGCGCAAGCUCGGCACCAGGCGACCAGCCGGCAACCGUGCUGCCGAGCUGCUCCUCGAGUUCUCGCGCGCAUGCCGCAUCACGAUUCCUGGCUUGCCAGAGAAUGAGCCAGGAGCGCCACCCGGCACUGUCGAGGUACCGAUGCUUCGUGCGCUGCCCCGCCGGACACUGAGCACGAGCGGCCAGCCGCAAGCCGACUUGUCGCAAGACCAGUUCGACGCGUGGCUCGGCCUCGCGCUUCAGUCUGGCGGCGACGCGUGGAUGGGCAUGCCCGAGGGGUACACGCCCGAGCAGGGGGCAUGGACGCCUCAGCAGCAGUGAGGCAGUGAGCAGGCGCGAGGAUACGAUCUAGCGAGUGGGAUAAUCGCCGGCUCGCGAGUGUAGUAGCGGGAUAUCGGCCGGACAUUGCGUGGAACAUGCCAUACUAUCUGUACUAGGAUAGCCGUCUUGGGUUUCUUGGUUGGAAAAUAAUGCAGAGAGAUUGUUUGUAA